AUGGAAGCUCUCGCUGUCACCUCCGGGCACCGCGGCACUGACGUCAGAGCGGCCCGAGCCCACACCCGGCAGGACCGCGGGGAACCCCCGCAUCGCUCCGGGCGAGCGGGGAGCGCCGAGCGGCGCCGGGGAAGCGCCUGGACGCUUCGCGCAGGCUGUGACCGCCACGCCCGGGCACUGACGCGCGUCCACGCCGAGCCCCGCGCGCGGGACCCCGCCCGCCCCGCCGCACACAGCCCGCGUUCCCCCCGCGGGGCUCGGCCCCCGGGCCCGCAGCGCUGGGGCGCGCAGGGCGGGCAGGGCGCGGCCCGGCGGCGGAGCGGGGACGGCGGCCGGUCCCCUCCGCGCCGCGCGGGUGCCCGGCGGCGCCGCCCGGCCCGCUGCCCCCGGCCCGGCCCGGCCGCACCUGCCCCCGCGGGCCCGCGGCCGCCCAGCCCGGCCCAGCCCGGCCCGCCCCGCUCCCGCCGCGGGCCGAGCGCGGCCGCGGCCACUUUGCCGUCCGCCCCGCGGGGCCGGAGGGCAGCAGCGCGCUGCUCCAGAGAGGCCCGGCGGGACUCACCGGUGGCGGCGAGGCGCUGCGCUCCGGUCCCCAGCCCGCCCGUCGGCACCGCCGGGGCGUGA